UUACUUGACCACCAUGAGUUGGAGUUUCCUGACUCGUCUGUUAGAGGAGAUCCACAACCACUCAACCUUUGUCGGCAAAAUCUGGCUGUCAGUGCUGAUUGUAUUUCGGAUUGUACUGACUGCUGUGGGAGGAGAGUCCAUUUAUUACGAUGAACAGAGCAAGUUUGUGUGCAACACGGAGCAGCCUGGCUGUGAGAACGUUUGUUACGAUGCUUUUGCUCCUCUUUCACACGUGAGGUUUUGGGUCUUCCAGAUCAUCCUCGUUGCCACUCCGUCCGUCAUGUACUUGGGCUACGCUAUCCAUAAAAUCGCCCGGAUGGUGGAACACAGCGAAGCCGACAGAAGAAUCAGAAGCAAAAGCUUUUCCAUGCGCUGGAAACAACACCGUGGCUUAGAGGAAACAGAGGAGGACCACGAGGAGGACCCCAUGAUGUACCCAGAAAUCGAGCUGGAAAGCGAACGGGAGAAUAAAGAGCAGCAGACGCCAGGCAAAGCCAAGCACGACGGCAGGCGGCGCAUCCGGGAGGAUGGGCUCAUGAGAAUUUAUGUCCUGCAGCUCCUGGCGAGGACCAUGUUUGAAAUUGGCUUCCUGGUGGGUCAGUAUUUCUUGUAUGGCUUCGAGGUGAGCCCCGUGUUUGUGUGCAGCAGGACGCCGUGCCCGCACAAGAUCGAUUGCUUCAUUUCCAGGCCAACUGAAAAGACCAUUUUCCUGCUUAUAAUGUACGGGGUGAGCUGCAUGUGUUUACUUUUGAAUGUCUGGGAGAUGCUCCAUUUGGGAUUUGGCACUAUCCGGGACACAUUGAAUAACAAGAGGAAAGAGCUGGAAGACUCUGGUACUUAUAACUACCCUUUUACUUGGAAUACACCAUCUGCUCCUCCUGGCUAUAACAUCGCGGUCAAGCCAGAGCAAAUGCAAUACACUGAACUGACCAAUGCCAAAAUGGCCUACAAACAGAACAAAGCCAAUAUAGCUCAGGAACAGCAGUAUGGAAGCAAUGAAGAAAACAUCCCUGCCGACCUGGAAAACCUGCAGAGGGAAAUCAAAGUGGCUCAGGAGCGCCUGGACCUCGCGAUCCAGGCUUACAACAACCAAAACAACCCCAGCAGUUCCAGAGAGAAGAAAUCCAAAGCGGGCUCAAACAAAAGCAGUGCCAGUAGCAAGUCAGGAGAUGGGAAGAGCUCUGUCUGGAUUUAAUGUUGGCUGAGUUUAGAUACUGUGCUUUUUCUCCUAGUUUAUCAUAACCAGCAAGCCCUUGAAUAAUGGCUUCCAUUAAGUAACUAUUUGACUGUGUUUAAUUUCAGGGAUGCCGUUGGCUUGUGAUUCAACCUCUCACAAUGGGGUUAAAUGCAUAUUCUAGGAUUACAGAACUUUAUUCUUCUGUCUUCCAAGUCAGGAGACAAGUACUUAUAUUUAAUCGUUCUCAGUGAAGGGUUUAUGCUGUAUGUACAGUAUUAUAGUACAUUUAUUAUGCACAAUUUUUUGUAUUUGUACACUGGAUCUCUGAUGUUACACUUUUUUAUAUUGCCAAGGAGCAAGCAGUGGGUAGCUGGUAGCAUUUUGCUGGUUUUAUUACUGUGGUCCACAGUUCUCGUCGUCGUUCUUCCUUGAUUUAAACCUAAAACUUUCUAUGCUGCGUUCCAGAAGUGCCU